AUGAAUGAAUGCUUAGUGAGUCGUGAGGAUAGCAAAAAAAAAUUUCAAGUGAAAGAUUUACUCUAUUAUGAUCAUUUAGUGAUCAGUAAUGAUUUAUUCAGUGCAUAUGAUAAGGUGAAAAUUUGGUUCCAAAAUAGGCGAAUGAAACACAAAAAGGAGACGAAGGGUGAGAUCGGUGCCGGCAACGAGAGUGAGGAAAGUAACGACGAACCGUUACCGCCAUGA